UGCAUAUCCACCUGACACCUCGCUCUGGUCGUCCUGCCCGAGAGUGGAGUUACACAAAAUAAGGUUUCUUAAUGGCAUGUCAAGAAUUCCAGAAUCUUGUUAGUUACUAUUACUAGUUUUCGACAGUUAGGAAAAUUAUUGUAAAAAAUUGUUUAUACAAAUCGUUAAUGGCAGAGGAACAUGAAUAUGGCUAUAAUCAGGCCGCCAUCGACAACGGAGAUUUCAGAAAUGAACCAACGAGCAGGUUGAAACUGAAGGUAAUUGCUGGUCAUCAUUUGGCUAGAAAGGACGUAUUUGGUGCAAGUGAUCCUUAUGUGCGUGUGGACUUAACCACUAUAAACGGAGAUGAAACUGUGGACUCUGUUCUUACAAAGACAAAGAAAAAAACUUUGAAUCCAGUUUGGGAAGAAGAAUUCAUAUUUAGAGUAAAACCUGUGGAACAUAAGUUAGUACUUCAGGUAUUUGAUGAAAAUAGAUUAACCAGAGACGAUUUUCUGGGAAUGGUGGAAUUAACUUUAAUUAAUCUGCCUAAAGAACAGGAUGGGCGAAGUAUUCCCACCAAACAGUACAUUUUGAGACCUAGGAGUAAUUCCAGUCAGAGAUCCAGAGUUAGAGGAACACUGGAGGUGUAUCAUGCUUACGUCUCAGAUUCUAUAAACAUUGUGGCCAGUGAAGCUGAGAGAACAUCUGAUUCCGGUGGCUGGGAAUUACUAGAUCAACCAACUCCUACAUCUAACAGUAGUCCAGUAGAACAACCAACAGAGGUGAUGAUGAUCAAUAGUCAGCUACCGCCAGGAUGGGAGGAGAGACAAGAUGCCAAUGGGAGGACGUACUACGUCAAUCAUGUACAUCGAUUUACACAAUGGGAACGACCAACUGCAACAAAUAUAGCACCUACUGGCGGCGUAACACAUGAACAACGCAAUUUGGACACUGCAGCAACUGAAUUUCAAAGACGAUUUCACAUCAGCGUGGACGACACAGAAAGUAGACAAAGAACUUCCGUCAUUAGUCAGAAUGAUGAUAAUGUAGACAGCCCUGCUAGUUCCAGACGUUCUUCUGAACAGGUUGAAAGUCCUAGGCCAUCACUACCAACAAUAAAUGGAGAUGGACUUCCUCAAGGUUGGAGUAUGCAAUUAGCACCUAAUGGUCGAGUAUUCUUUAUCGAUCACAAUGAAAGAACAACAACGUGGGUUGACCCGAGAACUGGAAUCCCAAGUCCAAUGCCUUAUUUUAAUAAUCCUACUGUAAAAAAUGAUUUAGAUCAACUCGGACCUCUUCCAGAAGGGUGGGAAGAAAGAGUACACACUGACGGAAGAAUAUUCUUCAUUGAUCAUAAUACUAGAACGACACAGUGGGAGGAUCCUCGUAUGUCUAAUCCACAAAUUGCUGGCCCUGCUGUUCCGUAUUCCAGAGACUACAAGCGAAAAUAUGAAUAUCUCAAAUCACAAUUAAGAAAACCCAACAACGUGCCUAACAAGUUUGAAAUUAAGGUCGGAAGAAAUAAUAUUUUGGAGGAUUCUUAUCGCAUUAUCAGUUCAGUUAACAGGGUCGACAUUUUGAAGACGAAGCUGUGGGUGGAAUUCGAGGGAGAAGUUGGACUAGAUUAUGGAGGACUUGCGCGAGAAUGGUUCUUUUUAUUAUCAAAAGAAAUGUUUAAUCCAUACUAUGGUCUCUUUGAGUACUCUGCCAUGGAUAAUUACACUCUACAAAUAAAUCCUGCUUCUGGGGUCUGUAAUGAGGAACACUUGAACUAUUUCAAAUUUAUUGGUCGAAUCGCAGGCAUGGCAGUUUAUCAUGGAAAACUUCUGGAUGCAUUUUUCAUUCGACCGUUUUACAAGAUGAUGCUAGGAAAAACCAUCGAUCUUAAAGAUAUGGAAAGCGUAGACUCUGAAUACUACAAUUCGCUAUUAUGGAUAAAAGAAAAUGAUCCUAGCGAGUUAGAACUAACUUUCUGCGUUGAUGAAGAGAGCUUUGGGCAUACAUCGCAAAGAGAACUUAAACCUAACGGGGCAAAUGUACCCUUAUCAGAUGAAAACAAAGACGAAUACAUAAGUUUGGUUAUACAAUGGAGGUUUGUCUCACGAGUUCAAGAUCAAAUGAAUGCUUUUCUCGAAGGUUUCAAUGCUCUUGUACCCUUGAAUUUGGUAAAAAUAUUUGACGAACAUGAAUUGGAAUUACUCAUGUGCGGUAUUCAACAUAUUGACGUCAAAGAUUGGAAACAAAACACUUUGUACAAGGGAGACUAUCAUGCAAAUAACAUUACGGUGCAGUGGUUCUGGCGAGUUGUUCUAUCGUUCAAUAAUGAAAUGCGAGCUAGACUUUUGCAAUUUGUAACUGGAACAUCUCGAGUGCCUAUGAAUGGAUUUAAAGAGUUAUAUGGAAGUAACGGGCCCCAGUUAUUUACAAUUGAAAAGUGGGGCACACUUGAAAAUUAUCCAAGAGCUCAUACCUGUUUUAAUCGAAUUGAUCUUCCACCAUACGAAAGUUAUCAGCAACUCAGGGACAAGCUAAUUAAAGCCAUCGAAGGUUCUCAAGGAUUUUCAGGAGUGGAUUAGCAGAAAAUACCAUGUUUUAAUAUGAUACCUGUAAUAUAUUGUAUAUACAAAAAAUAUAUAUAUUCCUGCUUAUGAUUACUCUAAACAUAUACGUAUAUAUAAUCUGUGCAGGUCUAAAAAUUUUAAUUUUUGACGUUUCGCAAUGAAAGGACCCACUUUGUCGCUAUUGAGGAACAUAUAGAGGCAUGUAGCCAGAUAAAUUCCCAAUAUUUUAUGCCCAAGGUAUACCUACUGGAUUGUGAACGGAGUCGUCAGGGCACUAUUGAAGUUUGAAUUUUAAUACCAAACUUUUCGAGAAAUACGCAUAUGAAGGUCGCUAGUUUCUUAAGAUAGUUACUGCAUCUUACAAAAUAACUAUUAAAUACGAAUUUUGUGAUUUUAAAGGAGUUGUAAUUGUAAGAUAAAAUAAUGUAAGGAGUGCGAAUAGGUUAAUUUAGUUAUAAAAUUAUUUAUCUUAAAAUAUAUUUUGGCAGCGUCUUAACUAUGGUUAUAAUAUUAUAUUUUGAGAAAUAUUGCUUGUCCCGUCCAAACCAAAAUGAUCUUUCGAUGCAAAAAGAAGAAGCUAUGUUAAAGUAUGUGCAGUGCUAAUUGCGCUCCUCUUAACUAUAUUAAAAAUUCACUAUGAGCUAUUAGAAGAAUAGUCUUGCGCAUGUAAAUAAGCAGUACUUCAUAUUAAUAAAAAUAAAAAUAAAAUUAUAAGUGUUGAUAAAGGUA